CCUGUGCCGGCGGAGGUCCGGGAGAACCGAACCAGCACCCAGUCCCCGCCUUCGUCCUAGCGCAUCUACUCACAGCGUGCGGCGUCCCUCGCGUCUGGCCGGCCCUUCGCCCUCGGCCUUUUCCCUCCACCGCGCUCGCCCAUUGGCCAGCGGGGGCCACGCCCACGUCAGGCAAAAGCGAGUGUCUUAUUGGCCCUCGCUUGGGAGCCGGGCUGGAGAGCGGCGCGCUUCCCCCUCGAGUCCGUUCUGGUUGCGGCUGCUGAGGUUGAGGAAGGGGAGGGAAGUAGCGCAGGCCAUGUGGCCGACCCUGCGUUCCGUAGGCGGUGUCUGCGGACUGGCCCGGUACAGCGUUGCUGGGGGCUUCCUCCGCACGAGCGGGCCGGCGUCCGGGGUACCCGGGCUACUGUGCGGGGGUGGCCGCAGUUCCAGCACCGGCUCAUUUGAUAUAGUCAUCGUUGGUGGUGGAAUUGUGGGGCUUGCCUCUGCCAGAACACUCAUCCUGAAACAUCCGGGACUUUCAAUUGGUGUGGUGGAAAAGGAGAAAGAUUUAGCUCUUCACCAGACUGGACACAACAGUGGUGUCAUACAUAGUGGAAUUUACUAUAAACCGGAAUCUCUGAAAGCUAAAUUGUGUGUAGAAGGUGCAGCCCUCAUCUAUGAGUACUGUGACCUCAAGGGAAUUCCCUACAGGCAGUGUGGCAAGCUAAUAGUAGCUGUUGAACAAGAAGAAAUUCCCAGACUUCAGGCCCUGUAUGAGAGAGGCCUGCAGAAUGGAGUCCAAGGCUUGAGGCUGAUCCAACAGGAGGGUAUAAAAAAGAAGGAACCGUAUUGCCGGGGUCUGAUGGCUAUUGACUGUCCAUACACUGGCAUUGUGAACUACCAACAGGUAGCUUUAUCAUUUGCCCAGGAUUUCCAAGAAGCAGGUGGCUCUAUCUUGAAAGAUUUUGAGGUAAAAGAUAUUGAAAUAGCUAAAGAAAACCCUUCAAGAAGUAAGGAUGGGACGAAAUAUCCAAUCGCUGUCAAGAACAGUAAGGGAGAGGAAAUUUACUGUCGAUAUGUUGUGACAUGUGCCGGUCUUUACUCAGACCGUAUUUCAGAGUUGAGUGGCUGCAGUCCUGACCCUCAAAUUGUCCCAUUCCGGGGAGAUUACCUGGUCUUAAAGCCAGAAAAGGGCUACCUUGUAAAAGGGAAUAUUUAUCCGGUCCCAGACAGCCGGUUUCCUUUCCUCGGAGUUCACUUUACACCAAGGUUGGAUGGCAGUAUUUGGCUAGGGCCCAAUGCAGUGCUUGCCUUUAAACGGGAAGGUUACAGACCCUUUGACUUCGAUGCUAGAGAUAUUAUGGAAGUAAUUCUCAAAAGAUUAUGUUUCAUGCCAAGUGUAAUGUUUAACUUCCUCAUAAAGAUUUUGAUGAACCAGGCUAAUGAAAUGUAUAAAGCCUGUUUUCUCAGUGAAACAGUGAAGCAUCUUCAGAAGUUCAUUCCUGAGAUUACCGUUAGCGAUGUUCUUCGAGGCCCUGCUGGAGUACGAGCCCAGGCUCUGGACAGUGAUGGAAAUCUGGUAGAGGAUUUUGUGUUUGAUGGAGGUACUGGCGAGAUUGGAGAUCACGUUCUUCAUGUGAGAAAUGCACCUUCGCCUGCUGCCACAUCCUCCCUGGCAAUUUCUAGAAUGAUAGCAGAGGAAGUCCAGCAAAGGUUUAAGUUAUGAGUGACGCAGGGUAUUGUGCUUGCGUUACAGCCCCCAUAUCAGCAACAGAGUCUACUGGCUGCGUUUUAAAAUUACAAUUUAAGAAAACAAUUUUAAAAUCAUGCCUUUAAGGCUAAAAUAAACAUUGACUUAUUAACAGGAUAUAGUAGAUAUAAUAAUUUUAAAAAAAUUCAGGUUCAUAUUCUUGUGAACAAAGAAACGAAGUGUAUCACUACCUGUUCUGAAACUUCAAGUUCAUCAGAGAGUUACCCCACCCACCUCAGUCUAGGAUGGGCUCUUACAGAACGUUUGGGAAGACAACAUAAAAGAUAGACUAUCCCUAAAUGCAUGUUUGGAUUUAUAAUAUUUUUUUUCUUUUUCUAAAUAAUUGCUUAUUUAGAAAAAAGAAAAUGGUUUGAUUUCAAGAAUAAAUAAUAAAUGAAACUUCACAUUUCUAAGUAUCAUAGAAGAAAGUCAGUCUUUCUCUUGCAGUCCCGCAGUGUGGCACCAUCAUUCCAUGUGAAUAGCAGUGUGCCUGUGUGCUUGUUGCCUACACUGCAGUUUUCUAUGGCUGAGAAAUCAAAGUCCCUAAGAGGACUGGUUUUAUUUGUGCAGUUUAAAAUCCUGACCCUGGGUGUGCCACUGUGUAAUUUUAUGUGCUUCACACCUCAGUCCCUUGGGCACGCUAAGGUUCCCAGGAUGUUGGCCAGGAUUACUAAUGAUUCAUAUCUACUUGGGUUUUCAGAAGUCCUAUAAGCUUGGUGAGGACAUUUCUCCAUUUUUGGUUAAUAUCUAACUUGGAGGCAUUCACUUUUUUAAACCGCGAAAGUGCCUUAUAUUCUUCAUAUUUACUUCACUAACAUGUUGAGUUGGUGCCAAGUGCCAUACUGUGUGUACACGUGUGCAUGUGUGUGUGUAGUGCUAUAUUGUUACUAUGUAUACUGUAUGUAUGUGUGUAUAGUAUACUGUAUAUAUGUAUAUAUGUGUGUAUUGUAUACUGUAUAUAUGUAUGUAUGCGUGUGCACAUGCACGUGUAUGUUUUAGCUAGUGAAAUGUCUUAACAAUUCAGGAAGUUAGAAAUUAGGAAUGUAAGUGAAGAACUGGCAUCCUGGCCAUGGUAACAGCCAGCACUUAGGGGAGACAUGUCAACUGUCCUCUCCUGAGUGUUCUCUCAGGGUUAACCUUCGUUUUCCUUG